CCGACCCGUCUUCCGCUUCCGGUUCCGGCCGCGGGCGAAGAUGGCGGCGGCUCCGGCUUCGGGCCUGUCCAAGGCGGAGUACCUGCGGCGGCGCUACCUGGAGCCCGGCGAGGCCGAGGCGGACUCGGCGGCCAAGAAGCGGCGAAGGAGGAAGAAGAAGGAGGAGGCAGAGGCGGCGCCCAGGGAAGGCGGGAUGCGUAUAGUGGAUGAUGAUGAUGCAAGUUGGAAAAACACUGCUUUUGAGCAGGAAAAGGACGAUGCGGAAGGGGAUGAUGGCGACUUGCCUGUGGUGGCUGAAUUUAUUGAUGAGCGGCCAGAAGAAGUGAAGUGGAUGGAAGAGUUCCGCACCAGUAACAAGUGGAAACUCCUGGGAGAACAGAAUGUGGAGUCACAGGGCUUGGAGCCUGCUGUGAUUGCAGAAUCAAACAGAUCAGAAGCCACAAAACAAAAGAAAACAAAGUGCUUGCCCAGCCGGUCUCCGCCCAGGAGGGGCCGCCACGAUUCCCCGGACCGGUCUCCGCCCAGGAGGGGCCGCCACGAUUCCCCGGACCGGUCUCCGCCCAGGAGGGGCCGCCACGAUUCCCCGGACCGGUCUCCCAAAAGGCUUCAUACUUCAACGGGAAAAAAUGAUUCUCGAGUAUCAAGUGGAGGCCAAAAAGAACGUUUCUCAGACAAGCACUCAUCAACCCAUCGAACGCGGCUGGAUACUCCUGAUGUUUCACCGCCUAGGAAGAAAAUGCACAGUUUGGAUGCAGAUGAGAUGCUACCUCAGAAGCGGCUGUCAUCCCCUGCAGGGUUGAGAAAGCAGGGCAGCACCGGCUCUUCUCCAGCCAAGAAGCAGCUCCAGCCAGCAGCACCUUCACCAAGGAGGCGCCAGAGACUUGAUUCUGAAUCUGAUUCCGACUCCCUUCCCCCGAGAAGGAGUGCCAAAGCCUCCUCCGAUUCAGACCUUUCCCCACCCCGGGCUGCGCGCAGUGCAGGCUUGCAGCGCCGCCGCUCUCCUGAUCUUUCUCCUCCCAGGAGGAGUCGGCAGAGGUCUUCGGACUCCGAUUUGUCUCCUCCCCGAAGGGGUUUGGGAGCAGCAAAGAAGGCCCCUGGGUCAGGGAGCCCACCCGACCUCUCCCCACCCCGGCGAAUGAAGGAUUCCAAAGGAGGGAGCCAUGGCCAAAGCGGCCCUCAGAUGCUCUCGGGGGGCCAAGCCGGCCUGGUGUCGGCUGAACUGCUGAGGAGGGAGCAGCAGGAGCUCAGGAGGCAGGACGGGAGCAGCAAGCACUUGGAAGUGGCAUCGCGACAUGUGGAGACUGUUUUCCGGGACAAGUCAGGCCGCAAGAGGGACCUGAGGCAGGAGCGGCAGGAGCUGCAGAAGAAAGCGGAGGAGAAGUCUGAACGAGAUGAGCAGUAUGCCAGAUGGGGCAAGGGCCUUGCACAGGGCAGGCAGCAGCAGCAGAACUUGGAGGAUGCCCUGAAGGAGAUGCAGAAGCCUCUGGCUCGCUACAUUGACGACCAGGACUUGGACAAGAUGCUCCGGGAGCAGGAGCGGGAAGGCGACCCCAUGGCCAACUUCAUCAGGAAGAAGAAGGCCAAGGAGAGGAGAGAUGUGACAGAAAAGCCGAGAUACAAUGGACCUGCACCCCCACUGAACAGGUUUAACAUCUGGCCUGGGUAUCGCUGGGAUGGAGUUGACAGAUCAAACGGCUUUGAGCAGAAGCGCUUUGCCAGAAUCGCAAACAAGAAGGCGGUGCAGGAGCUGGCCUACAAGUGGAGCGUUGAGGACAUGUGAUUGGCUCGCCUGAGAUGCAAGAGAACCUCUUGCCAUGGCCAGGCCUGGGAAUGAUCUUCUCUGCUUUGGGAACCAAGGGUUCACCUUACGGGACCUGUCAAGAUGCUUUUGGAAAGGCCCCAAAGCAGUUUUCUCUUUCCAGACCAACCACAGGAAGGUUGACCGGAUUCCUGGAGUCUAGAUUGUGCUUCGAGGAGUGAGGAGGUCUCCUGUCAGGGGAAAGCCUCGAGGCCCAUCUGAGUGGACCCUUGUGGAAAUCCAGCCCGCCUCAAAGAGACUGGCCCCUCUUUAGAUGUAUGUGAAGCUCACAGAGCAGCAGAGGGUGCAGCAGCUUACCCUUCAGGUGUGCCCCAGCAAUCUCAGGUGCUUGAGUUGUGAAGGUGCCUCCUUCACAUAAGGGUUUCCUGUCCGCAGAGCCAGGUGGGACAUGCAGAGUGCAGAAACCCGACUGUCCCCAGCUUUCCCUGAGCAGGGUGAUCGUGUCUCUUUCUCAUGGCCUCUUCCUGAAAGGACCAGCUGGCACCUGCCUUGUCUUUUGACAGACUCCUCUGCAACAGGUAGCAGCUCCAGAAGCUGAUUGGGAGGUCAGCAGGCAAAGUUCAAAAACUGUGUCUUUCCCCCUUCAGACACUGAUGGUGCCCCUUAAGAAAUACCUGCCAAAUGUUGCAAGCCUGCCAUCGGAAACACUGCUUGGUGGGGGGUUAUCCACAGCUAAAAUUUCUAAUACCCUUUGUAAUUUGGAUGUACAGUUUGUAAAUAACACACUUGUUUGUUUAA